UGGUGAAAAUGUAAAAUUUAAAAUGAAAAGAAUAUUUAAUAAAAAUCAACUAAAGUGAGUCAUGUGACAAUCAAAAUUCAAAAGCACACAGUCACACUAUCCUUGUUGCUUGCUCCAAAACUGAAAGUCCAUCUCAAUUGUAUCACCAAUUUUGUUUAAAUUCAGAACUAUCUCCAACCAAUUCAUCACUAACUCAGCAACAUUCAAUUCAAUUCCCAGCACACUAAUUAAUCAAUCAUGUCUUCAAACACCAACUCCUCUGAAUCUGAGUGGAACUACUCUGAAUCAGAUAUUGCUAAAAAAUUCCUCUUCUUCAACGUUCUCAAAGACGGUCGUAUCCAUGUCUUUACUCCCACUUCUAAGAUGGUCCCUCCUUCCUUUGGUUCCACCUUCGGCGUCUUAAUCAAAGACGUUGAAAUCUCUAAGGAUGUCUCGGUCCGAGUAUUCCUCCCUUCUUCUGUGCUCACUAGCGCGUGCACCACACAGAAACUCCCUGUCGUGUUAUUCAUCCACGGAGGAGGCUUCUGCAUGAGGUCCGCCUUCUCUGAGGAUUACACCCGCUUUGGCUCCCACAUUACCGCCGAUGCCAACGUCAUUGUGGUCUCAGUAGAGUACGGCCUUUUCCCAGCACGCCCUCUUCCUGCGUGUUACGACGAUUCAUGGGCCGCACUCGAGUGGGUGGCGUCUCACAGUAAGGGCACUGGACCUGAGCCUUGGCUCAACGACUACGGUGAUCUUAGCCGUAUUUUUGUCAGUGGGAACUCAGCAGGCGGGACCAUGUCGCACACAUUAUUAGCUAAGGUAGGGUCCAUUGGACUACCUGAGGGUGCAAAGAUUGAAGGGAUGAUAUUGUUACAUCCUUAUUUUGGUGAAGGUGAUAAAAUGUGGAUGUUCAUGUGUCCUACAAAUUUAGGGCCUAGGGAUCCUAGGAUGAAGCCUGCUGUAGAGGAUCUAGCUCGAAUCGCGUGCGGCCGGGUGUUGGUUGUGCUGGCUGAAAAGGACUUUUUGUAUGGUGUUGGGAAAUUGUAUGCGGAUGAGUUGAUCAAGAGUGGGUGGAAUGGGAAGGUGGAGGUUAUGGAGAACAAAGAAAAAGAACAUUGCUUUAAUAUUAAUGAUCAUACGGAUCCUGAGGCUAGUGUUAUUCGUCAACGAAUUGUUUCUUUCAUCCAUAAUCGGAGUUGAUUUGCAGUUACGGUGUUUGUGUUACUUCCUCCGCCCUUAAAUAAAAGUGUCAAGUUAAGUUGUUAUCAAUGUAAGUUGUUGUAUUAAAGGGUGAGUUCGGUGAAAUCUUGUAUUGGGCGGACUUAGAUAAAUGUAGUGGGUUGAUUGUUGGCAAUUUGGCAUUGUUCGAUUGUUGUUGUU